GCUACCUAAUUUUUGUUACAAAUAGAGAUAUAGAGAUAUAUAAGUUGAAGCUUAAGCCAGUUGUAAAUUGAUCAGUCACGGUUUAGAGUAACAACAAAGCAAAAGAAAGGACUUUUAUCGACUCCAUUAUUAGUUGAAUCAAAACCCUAGUUUCAGAAAUCAUCCAAUUCAUCAUAGUUUGCCCCAAUUCCGCGUAGUUUCGAUUCCAUCCGGCAAUCGGCGGAUCGAAACCGAUCAGAAUCAUCUCGUUCGGAAUCAGUAGUUGCACAUAAAUGGAUUUGUCGGAGCUUUUGGCAAUAUUCGGACCCGGAAUCUCCGGCGCGGUAUUCGGCGCCGGCUGGUGGUUUUGGGUGGACGCCGUCGUGUGCAGCUCCGUUCAAGUCCCUUUCGUCCACUACCUGCCUGGGAUUUUUGCUUCGCUGUCUGCUUUGAUGUUCAAUUGCGUGAGGAAAGAGGAUAUUGACUACUCACCAUACGAUGAGGGUGAAUGGAGGUUGAAGCUCUGGCUUUUCAUUGCAUAUGUUGUGUCGUUUGUCUCGUUAGCUGCUUCAGUCGGACUCUUGAUACAAGACGCACUGGUGGAGACUGGUCCUUCAGCGUGGACUGGAGUUGCAGGUGUUCUCCAAUGCGUGUUUGUGUUAAUCAGUGGCCUGAUAUAUUGGAUAUCUCAUUCCUCUGAAUAACCCGCUGUCGAGUUUCCACCGUUAUUUAAUCUGUGCUAGCUGGCCUUGUGCAUAACUGUGCUGAAAUCACCCGACUGAGAGAGCCUGGAAUCUGGAGCUAUUCAUGUCGUCUGAGAGUCUUUAGCUGUUCGUUGAUUUGUGCCAUCUGGCCAUGUGCAUAAACCUUGCUGAGUUAUCCUUGUGAAAAACUCGGGUUCAUGUCAUCGAAGAGUAUUGUUUAUUUACUAUUUUGCUGGUGCCAAAAGUUACAGCUACCGUUCAUAUUUUGUCUAUAUAUUAUCUCGCCAGCACAGAGCAGCCCUUUGAACUCA